AUGGUGUCGAUGAGACGCAUUGCUAUAGGUCAGUUGUGUUCCGGCUCGAAUGUAGCAUCAAACCUAGAUAUCGUUACUAAGUUGAUAGCAAAGGCUUUAGAUCAGGAUGUUCGGGUCUUGUUUUUCCCUGAAGCUACUGACUUCCUGUCAAGAAAUCCUGAACAUUCUUUCCAUUUGGUCAAGAAAAGUGAGCAAUUUGUGAGUGACUUACAAACAAACAUUAAGGAUUUGUGCUCCAGCAAACUGAAAAAAAUUGAUGUCUCAAUUGGAAUCCAUUUGCCUCCUAAUGAAGACGAUAUUCGUAGGGAUAAUAAUAAGACUAAGAAUACACUGCUUUACAUAAAUUAUAAGGGAGAGAUUUUGCAUUCAUAUCAAAAGAUUCAUUUGUUCGAUGUCGUUAUUAGCAAUGGUUCUAUUCUUAAAGAAUCUAAUUCGGUCCUUGCUGGUAACAAAAUUCCCAAAAUAUUGGAAACGCCAAUUGGAAAAUUGGGCACUGGAAUAUGUUAUGAUAUUAGAUUUCCUGAACUUGCCUUGGAUCUGAGGAAACAGGGCGCUGAAAUUUUAUGUUUUCCAAGUGCUUUUACAAUAAAGACUGGAGAAGCACAUUGGGAAUUACUGGGCCGAGCCAGAGCUAUUGAUACACAAUGCUUUGUCGUAAUGCCUGCUCAACAUGGCGAACAUAAUGUCCAAAAUGAUGAUUGGACAGGGUCGGGUACAGAACACCAGGCGGUUAGCAAACGUGUAUCUUGGGGUCACUCAAUGAUAAUAAGUCCCUGGGGAGACAUUGUUGCCAAAAGUAACUCCAAGACAUCUGAGCCAGAAUUGAUUAUUGCAGACUUAAAUUUUGAGUUACUGACACGAGUCAGAAUGAAUAUGCCACUUAUGCAACAUCGUAGAAACGAUCUCUUUACUGAACGUUGA